GCUCACACCCCUGUCACUAUCAAGUCAUGGGUCGACGACCUCAACACUCGCAUCGCUGCCCCACCGAAGUUUGCAGUCGACCAGAUCACCAAGGUUGCCACCAUCCUGCGCGACGACUGCAAAGAGUUGGACCUCAUCUCGCCGAAGUCAAACAUCCUCAGCUCAUCUGUCUUGGCUGGGGUUGCCCUGGAGGCCAACUUGAAGCAGUUGGGGCUUGCAGUUCCGUACAAAGAUCGAGUUGUGGACUUGGGCUUCGACCGUGGCAACGGCUCCAGUCAACGCUCUCUGACCACCCAGCUCCAGUUGGACAUGGGCCACUCUGACCCCGCGAUCGCUACUGCCAUGGGCGUGAUCAAGUCGCGGGCGCUCUUCCUAGCCACCUCCGACAUCGACUGGCAGCUGAUCGAGGCGACCUGGGCCAGG